ACCGUUAACGCGUAAAGACCUCUUUUCUCUUGCUUUGCUGUUUGCUUUCGCCGCGCUAGUUCCGUGUUCUAAGUGUAUAUCGUCGGACUCUGUUGCCAACUGAUGGUGGAAAGUGAUUCUUCGAUAUCGGCGAAGAGACUUCAACGUGUGAGAAAGUGAUAGUUUUGGAACCUUUGUGUAACUGCUGUGCAACUUUCGUUCUUGACCGUUGACGGAUGAUGUAAUCCGUUUUGAACUUCUUUAGUGUAUAGUGAAAAUAUUCCGAACAAAUUGUGAACAAGAAUACUCUCCCACCGAACCAACACAACAAUGUCCAAGGAACUGCUGCAUUUGCGGCUCCUUCGGGAGGAGCUCGCCGAUCUAGACUUUGAGGACAUUCAGAGCGACCUGAUCGGUCGUCGCAUCUUCACUGAAGCGGACUGUAGGGAUUUGCUGGAGGAGACUGACGAAAAUUACCGCCUGGAUUUGCUGUUCCUCAUUCUCGAGCAGAAGCUGGGACCGUACGGAAACAUCAUGAUCGUCAAUCAGUUUCUGGAUGUCCUGAGGUCGUACUACUCCUGGAUCGUGGAGCGUCAUGAAGCUAGCAUGCGGAACGGCGAAACCGGACAGAUCAUUCGAUACAAGUCGUACCAGAACAACACCUCCGUGCCGGGUAUCGACGGACUGAACGUCUUCCGGCGUGACUACCUCUGGCAGAUCCAGCGGUACCUCAAGCAACUGAAACACGGUGUUCGUGGCCAGCGGUACCUGUUUGUGUACGGCAGCUUCGGAACGGGCAAGUGGACGCUGGUCAGCCAGGCCUGCGAAAACUUCACGAUCGUAGAACACAUGGGGUAUAACAUAUUUUACCUCAACUUGGCCAACUGUAACCAGCCGGAGCAGAUCUUGGAACUGCUGGAGAACCUCAGCAUCCAGAUGGAGAUCGACUACAAACCGGACGAUGUCGUGUACAACGGACGCUAUCCCACCAACGAGAUCGCCAUCCGUAAGCGCCGACUGCUGCAGCGCUUCGAGGAUCACACCUUUCGGAACAGUUUGCUGAUCCUGUCGCACGUGCGCGAUCCGGCGCUGAUCGAGGCGUUCGAUCUCAAGUGCAAAACGCUGGUGAUCACCAGCAACCCGAACGUCGUGAACAGCGUCAACGAGAACGAAAAGUUUGUCGUACGACUGCCGUCCGGUUUCAGCGAGGACGAAACUAUCGAACUGUUUCGGAAGGUACUCAAGGCCAAAGUUGCGCUGCCAGAGGAGGCCCACCAGAUCCAUCGAACCUGCAAGGGUAAUCCGUUCAUGAUCAAGCUGAUCGCUCGCAAGAUGGCAGAGUACAACAAUAUCGAUCAUCGCUGGUCUUCUUUGGCCGCUGAGCUGCGCAGUCACUCGAUUGCUAUCGAAAACAUGACGAUUCAGUCGAUUCUGGAACGGCUGACCGCAGACGAGCAGUGGACGUUCCGUAGCCUGGUCGUGUUCAAGGACAAUGUGAAGGUUCCUCAGAUAGUCCUGCAGCGCUACUGGGGACUGACCGCGGAGGAGACCGAAUCCAUGGCGAACAAGCUGCUCAACAGGGGUCUGCUGGAGAAGCGUCUCUGCAAGGAUCAACAGGUGUCGUACAUGCUGCACUAUGUGUGUUACAAUUUUCUUCUCAAGGAAACCCCAUCUGAACCCAUCGCUAACCUGCACCGUCGAUUGGUUGAAAAUUAUAGCAUCUCAGCGACGCUUGAAUCCCGCCGCGAAGUGGACCUCCUCAAGUUUACCAACGACAACUACUUCCACUUUUAUAUCGCGUACCACCUGCAAGAAUCCGGCCUGCACCAGCUGUUCCCACAGCUCUUCAAGGACUUUGGCUUCCUGGAGCAGAAGCUGCGCUACACCGGACUGCCCAACACGGUGGGAGAUUUGCGGCUCUACCAGGACUACAUCUUCGACAACCGGGACCACUCCCUGGACUACCCGGAACUGUUGACCGAGUUUCUGAUGGGCGCCGAGGUGCUGCUGUCCAACUCGACCGACACGUGCCUGCUGCAGCUGGCGUUCAACUGUACCGGACCGAUCGCGACGGAGGCCAAGGAGCAGGCCAGGUCGUACGAUAGUCGCGUCUGGUUUCAUGACAUCGAUCGCACCCACCAGCAUCAGCUGGUGCAGGUUCGCAGUGCACCGAUCAAGGUUCGCUUCCAGAAUCCGAGCUCGGCACUGGUCUCGCUGGACAACCACCAAAUCACGCUGGUUGAUCUCUCGCCGCUGUACUCGGCUCCGUCGACCAUUUUCGAUGGCAACAUGAGCCGCGUCGUCGACAUGCACAUGGCCGGAAAUGUGCUGGUAGCGCUGGACGAAACGGGAACGAUCAACGUGUGGUCGCUGAGAAACAUUCCGUUGGAUCGCAACGCUCGACAGCACGAAAGUGACGGCAGCCUGCCGAUCCGGCGUCGCGUUCAGACCUUGGUGCCGCACCCUCCGACGGAUCGCUUCACCGGGUUCUGCAUCGUUUCAAAGACAGCAUCUUCGGUGGAUCCGGCCGUGAUUCUGUCAGAAAUGUUUGCCAUAACCCAGAACGGAACCCUGUACAUCUUCAAGGGGUUGACCAACUUUACGGAAUCUAUGAAGCACAAUACAAACAUUAAGAACAUCAUCAUCAUCAAACCGUUAAUUGACGUUCCCGGCCAAAAUCCGAAGCUACUCUUCGUUACCAGCGACAACCAGGGAUGCAUCUUUAACUUGAAGUCCACCAGUGUCGAGUGCCGGUUCAGCGAGCCCGACAUCGUGAACAUUCACUACAUGGGCAAUGCGCUGGUGUUUGUGGGUGAAAACCAGAUCCGGUUGCGCAAGUUCAGCCGUAACGAACGCAAUCAGCUGCAAAUCGAACCGGCGGUCGUCAUCUACAAAACUCCAACCAAUCACCGCAACGCCUGCAGUGCCAUCUCAGACGACUACGAGUACAUCAUCCUGGGUACGACCCAAGGGAUAUCGAUCUUCAGUAUUAGAGAGGAGGUUGAGGUGCUGCGGACCAACAUCAGCCAGAGCAUCCUGGACGUGGACAUCUUCCCGCUGGACGACGCUCAAUAUCGGUACAUUCUGAUUUCCUCUUCCGAGGACAGCGGCAACGUGAUCAACAUGUACUCGCUGAUGGUAACGGCACAGAAUCAGCUGGUCAGCAACCAGUACCAACUGCAGGACAACGCCGUCUACCAUGCCGAUCUGGAGGCGGAUCCUGUCACCGUGAAGACCGUAGAUCGCAAGCGUGUCAUUCAGGAGGUCAUGUACACAAGGCUUCACCAGCGCGACGAUUUUCGCCUGAUUUCACCCCCGAUCGAAAACAAACCGCUGGCUAGUGUUGUCAAGCGGUUGACACAGUGCACAUCCGGGUUCUAUCUGGGUCUUGCCAACGGCGACGUGCUGCGGCUGGAGGAAUGGAGCAACGGAAGCGAAGACCCGGAACCGGAAGUGGUUUGCAACUUGGGCGGCGCGAUCACUCUACUGAAGAGCUUUGACGAGCCACAGCUCCUGGUGGCGGCUUCCGACAGCUGUUGCAAGAUCUUUGUCGCACACGAUCAAGUAGUCGAGAUGCCGGAGGAGCUGUGCGAGUGCUACCUUUACCGGGACCAACAUCUGGUGCUGCUCUUCGACGCUGGGCGUGUUCAGAUAUUCAACGUACAAACCAAACAGUUCGAGUUCGUGAUCGAUGCCGGCAACCCGUACGGUGCAUCGGCCAUCAACGACCAAUACCUAAUCGUAGGUAUGACAAACGGCGAUAUCCUACAGUACGCGAUCGAGCAGCACGAUACGCUUGAACUCCACCUGGUGCACACCUACGUACAACCGAAGCGAAUCACCAGCUGCGCUCUGUCCGCCAACGGUGAGCUGCUCGCGGUCGGCUACAAAAACGGAGCCCUCGAAAUCUACAACACCGAGGAACGCAAACUCAUCUCCACCCUCGAAUCUCACCGCUGCGACGUGGCCUCUCUCUACUUCAGCCCUUGGAAAGAUUCCAACAACCCGCAGAUACUGGUCAGCGUCGGCGAGCAGAUCGUCUUCUGGAGUCUGGACUCUGUAAUCAACAACCCCGACUCCAGAGGCGAUGUCAAGCGACGCUCGAAUCGCUACAAAACGCGACCAUCCCUAACCUCUCCAGCGCUCGACAUCCACCGAACCUCCUUCGGCAGCCGCUCGUCCGGUCUCUCGUCCCCGCUCGCCGCCAGCCCCUCCCGCAACGGUUCGUUCACGUUCGACCUGGACGAAGCCGCCCACCAGUGGCUCACCAAGUCCGGACCCUCCAACAAACCCCACCUGCUGUCCUGCAUCAAGCUGAUCGGCAGCGCCGAACGGCUCAUCGUCAACCGGGACUUUAACAAGUUCUUCACCAUCGACGACGAGGGCUACAUCUACUACCUGCGACUGUUCCAACCACCGAGCCGGCACCGACUCACCGCGACCAGCUUCAUGUCGCCGGCCGCCGUGGCCCGCCUCUCGAAUGGCACCUCCUUCCCCUUCUGACUAUUGUCCCGCGGAGCUGCUCGAUCGGUACUGACCUCCGUGUACUACAUGCUGCUGUACAUUUUCUACACUGCCGUGCUAAGGUAGAGAGGCGAGCCGAGUCUUUCACGGGUACCAAAUCCGCAAUACUCUUCCGUUUUUCCCGUCAUUGCCAUUGCCUUCGAGCAGCUUCCUCGGUUUUACUUAAGGGACAAACGGUCCAGCAAGUAUUUUUUUAGUUUUUGUUUUUCAGUUCAGUUGAUAGCCCGUAAGAGAACGCGAAAUGCACAAAAGAAAGUGUGAUAACAAUUUUACAAAGUGGAAUUCGAGAGAGGAAAAGACGAAAAUUUUAAACAAAUAUUAAGCAAAAAAACAAAUUUUACUAGAGAUAUAAAGUUUAGACGGAAAUUAUUACGAGAAGAAAGACAUGAUUCGACUGGGAGUAAAACGAAAUUAAAAGUUUAAAACGAGUUUAGUUUCAAUUACCGUUUGGCAUUUAUGUAAAGAGCACGUUAACCUAAAGACAUGUAAUUUUGCUCAAAAUGCUGCAUUUGUUUGCCAUGUAGGUUCGAUUUAAAAAAAAACUUACUUUAAUUUUAGUAAAGUGUACGGUUAGGCUUCCCUUUAUGACGAUUUGAUGUGACAAUGAGCAUGAUUUGAAGACUUUCCAAACCCCAUUAAAGAUUUCCCUCCGUUUUCCUUUAUUUUUCUAUCCAUAUUUUAUUUGUUUAAGUGUAUUGAAAGUACCAGACAUAUGUGCGAAUAAAGUUUUAAACGAG